UCGCAAACUGCAGCCAUGGCCGUUCGUCAUGAUUCUCGCUCCCGUCCAAGAGGAGAUCGACCUCCACUCCACUGCACCUAUUGCAACUAUGAUCACCAUACCCGAGAUAUCUGUUACCAACUUCAUGGGUACCCACCCAGUCACCUUCACUAUGGCCAGAAGCCCAUUCCACGCCGCAACCACAAUAACAACGGCAGCAGCAGUUGGCACAACACCAACAGCACCGGCGGCAGCGACCACCGUUCCCAUGCCUCCUCUGCUGCCCACCAAGUCACCGCCCAUGCCCCAACUCUCCAAGAUAUUCAGUCCGCGAUGCCCCACUUAUCCGACAGCCAAUAUCAGCAAAUCAUGUCCAUGAUGGCCGAGACAUCCAGUUCCUCUCCUUUCAACCCGCAAGCACAUGCUGCUUCUGCCAGUUCUUUUUCUCAAGGACUUGGUUUCGAAGACGAUGAUUGGUGUGGGUAAGCGACGAGGAGAUCUUUACUACCUAGUGGCGCUUGCCUCCACCACCUCCAUCUUCCUAUCACCUUAUCACCACCUCCACUGACCUUUGGCAACGCCGGCUAGGACACCUUUCCCCAGCCCGUUUGCAAUUCUUAGCUAGUACCUCUUUAAAUUGCUCCCUUGAUUCGCAUCAUGUUGGUGAUAUUUGUCUAUUGGCGAAACAAACUCGCCAACCUUUUGGACUUAGUUCUAUUUCAACUUCUAGACCUUUUUCUUUUUUACAUUGUGACAUUUGGGGUCCUAAUAAACAUCCCACUUUUACUGGGGCUUAUUAUUUUUUAUCCAUGGUUGAUGAUUUUUCUCGUUUUACUUGGGUUUUUCUUAUGAAACAUAAACAUGAAACACAAGACCUCCUCAAAACCUUUUUUGCCUAUGUUGACCUCAAAGUCCAACAAAUCCGUGUUGACAAUGGGGGAGAAUUUUUCUCCAUGCGCAAUUUCUUUUCUGACCAUGGGAUAAUUUAUCAACACUUUUGCGUUUACACACCCCCAACAAAAUGGAGUUGUCUAACGCAAACACCGCCAUCUCCUUGAAACUGCACGAGCCCUUCGUUUUCAAUCUAAUUUGCCAAUAAAAUUUUGGGGGGAAUGUGUUCUUACUGCCGCUUACCUCAUCAAUCGCUUCCCUACAUCUCUCCUUAACAACAAAACCCCUUUUGACAUUCUCUACCAGAAAGCACCCUCUUACCACCAUUUUCGGUUGCCUUGCCUAUGCCACCUCUGUUCAUCCAAGCUCCAAAUUCGUUCCUUGAGCUCACAAAUUCGUUUUUAUUGGCUAUCCUAUUGGCCAGAAAGCUUACAAACUCUAUGACUUUGAAACCCAUAAAAUUUUCACUAUCCGACGUUCUCUUCCUGGAAGACAAAUUCCCUUUCUCCAACCCCGACACACCCACACCACCACAUACCACCGGACCCUCCCUCUCCUUGUUGCCUUUCACUGGCCAGACCCAUUCCCUUUGAACUACUGCCCUUCUUUUUCUUCUCCAUCCGCCACCAGCCCUGCCCCGGGCUUAGACCUCCUCAAUCAACCAGCUCUUGAUCUCCCUCUUCCCAAAGACCCAACUCCUUCCAGCAGCAUCCAGGCACCACUUCCUGCUGAUGUACCCCCUACCCAGCCCACACCUGACAUAGCUCGGCCCAUCCGUAUCUCCUCAUGUCCUAAGCAACCCUCCACAUACCUCAAGGACUUCGUUUGCUCGCAUAUGAUUCUGCCCCCACAUCAUUUCUCGUCUUCGCCAACCAGUCCACCACCAAGUACUCGUUUUCCCCUCUGUAAUUUUAUUUCUUACCAUC